AUGAGCCGACUGGUGCCGUAUCGAACAAAGUUAUCGGAGGAGGUGGCGGCGCACAUCGAGCAGACACUAAACACCACCAUGUACCUGGUGCAGACGACGGGCCCAACGUCCUAUGUGAUUCAGGAGCAGAACUGCGACAAGAAGUACAAGGUGUUAAUAGGGUCCAUUCAGACCUGCAGCUGUGGUACGGCCGACAUUUGUAUCCACAUCCUGUUCGUGAUGCUCAAAGUCCUACGAGUUCCGCCGACGACGCCUAUCGUGUGGCAAAAGUCACUUCUUGAUUCGGAGAUAGAAACGUUGCUUCGAGGCGGGUACAGGGAGAAAUCGAGGUCGGAGCGAAAGCCUUACACGAAGAAACGCAAAGAAAUAGUUGCAAGCAAAGAGCCCGAUGAUGUAGACGUUGACAGGCACGAGCUGGUCGAGGGUGAAGUCUGUGCUAUUUGCCAGGAGGACAUGGAUGAUAACCAGCCGCUCACAUUUUGCCGCACAGGUUGUGGCAACAAUUUCCACAUUGAGUGUAUGAAAGUUUUUGGAGAAAGUCGACGUCAAUCGAAAGAAAACAUCAUUUGUCCGUUGUGUCGCCAGGAUUGGGGCGGUGAAGCACUGACAGCACUACGGAAGGCGAUUGAAGCAGCUAACAGAGCUCCAAAUGUCCAUAAGGGAGCUUCGUGUAGGAAAUGCAAGACGAAGCCAAUUCGGUGCGAGCGAUAUCGCUGCGUCCAGUGCAAGAACGUGGACUUGUGCGCGCGAUGCUUCAAGUCAAAUGUCCACUUGAACCACGCCUUUGUGAUGAAGCCGAACGUUCCAGACCCAUGGGUACCAGCACUCCGUGAAAAUCAGCCUCUGGUAGCUCUCAACUCUGAUUUAAUUCGAGACUUGGAAUCUCGAGAGCUCUCAACGAACGAUUACGAUGUACUUCUGCAACUUGACCAUAAAGAACAUCCUAUACAAGACUAUCUGCUGAAAGUCAUUUCUGGGACCAAAGUCAGCGCUGAAAGCGCUAAAACGUUUGGUGCUCCUGGGGCGACGUGCUCCCUCUGUGCUCAGAGUCUUAAUAUCAAAGCGGCUUUGCGUUCGACAUUGUGUGGGGUGCGUACUAUUGUCCACCAUGUUUUCCACGAGAGUUGUCUCGCGAGGUCGAUUCUAUCGCAGGUCUACGUAUGUCCGUUUCCUGGGUGUGAUCAUGCGCUGCUGCCUGGAUUGUUAUACCUACAGCAAAAGCACGAGAAGAGUAAAAAUUGA